AUGGAAAAUUCUCUUAUAAGCCCUGAAGACAUUCACGAAAGCGCUGUUUCAUUUCUCGAAACCUUAAACGAAGUAGGCGGCUGGGAAAUAUAUGACGAAAAGGACGAUAUUUUCUCUAAAAGACGUCUAGACGACGAUGGAUAUUACAUAUAUAAUAGCCAUAUAAUAAUUGAAUCCAAGCCUGAAAUAGCACUUGAUAUAAUUUUAAACGAAGAAAGGCGAAAACUCUGGUUUGAGAUCCUAUUAAAAUCGUCAGUACUCAAAACAUGAGGCGAAAGCAUGAAGCUUAUUUAUAUGCAGCUUUCUUAUCCUUGGUUUUUGUCAAAUAGAGAAGUAAUUAUUUUACAAGGAGUAAGCAAAACAGAAGAUGGAUCAAUUUAUGUUGCAUGGAAAAGUGUAGACGCACCAGAUAAACCUGUGGAGAAUGGGCUUAUUAGGGCAAAUGUUGAUAUAGGAGGAUUUGCAAUAAAAAGCGUAGGAGAAAAUAAAAUUUUGGUUUCGUAUACAAUUAAGAUUAAUUCUCAAGGAUUGGUGCCUAUUUCACUGAGCAAUUACUUAAGCAGACACAAUGCAGAGGUUAUUGCGAAAAUUAAAGAUUUGAUAAACCAGCAUUAUCUUGCAUAG